AUGUCCUACCAUCACGAUAGCAUUAGGAGGGAUGGCUUCGCCUCUGCAUAUGGCAGAUUUUAUACCCAGCCCGGUCGCGUGGAACGAGUUGAAGCUCACUCACGAAGACGCAGACAAUUAGACGUAGCCUGUUCCGACAAUUUUGUUCGUGGCCAACUGAAACACUACGGCGUGCAGUUCGACGAAAGCGAGAUCUCUGGGAACGGAACUCUUCUGAUGAAGAAAGUGCUCCAGGCUGGGAAAUGUGACAAAGUUCCCGACCACAUCUCUGGGCUGCGCGAGCAGAUGUAUACAGAAUGGCUUUGCAAACUUACCCCCGAGGAACUCUCCAGCCAACCUGAGUUGGUCAUAGACAGGUACUUCUUGUCUUCCGGCCGACCAGAUCACACGAAAACGACCACAGUUGUCGCUAUACCCCUUCCUCAAAACAGUUUGUAUCGCAGCAGUCAGAUGCGCGAGGCUGCUAACAAGGUCACGGGUCUGCAGCAAGCGACGGGUUUGGGCCCCAAGACGCAGGCCAUCUUCAUGGGCUGGGACUCAGUCGCUGUGGGCAAUGCAGCGAAGAGCCACGCCGCCAAGGAGGCGAAGGAACUCCACGCCGCGGAAAAUGAGUGCGAGGAUGAGCGUGCUGAAAUACACACGGACUACCUCAAUACUCUUAAGCGGAAGAAAGGCCCUAGGACGUAUUCACCCGUUGGCAGCUAUAUUAUCGACUGCGAGGAAAUCGAAGGGGAGUGGCCAGAUCUGGCAGAUGUCUUAAGUCUCGAUAUACGUCAGACUGAAAAAUAUAACGUUUUUGAAGCCAGCUUCGAUUUCGGGGUUCUCGAGGGAGUCAUGAUCAUCAGCGCGGAAAAGCACGCCCUGGAGCAGUACUGCUCUCAGCUAGAUCGCGAGGCUGAGUCUGGAGGGGACGAGGACGAGGACGAUUGGAGUGAGGAAGAAGAUGAAGACAGAAAGAAAGACGAGGUUGAGGACAAGCUUGAGAACAGCAGAAAACCCACUACAGGCUCUAAGAGGAGAGCUGAGGCUCUCCGAGGCCACGCCCCCCCACCAAAGAAGUCCAGGGCUAGAGCUGCCCAGCCACGCACAUAUCUACUGAAGUUGAAGUGUCGUGAGACUGGUGAGGGCGUGAUUCAAUACACCGAAGAGGAGGGGACUAUCAUAUUCAAGGACGAGAACUUGGCUAGUUUCUUAGGAAAUGCUAACCUUCCUUGCGUGGGCCAAGGAGUACCUUUCACUGCACGGAAGAUUUCAGAUGCGCCUGCUCGUCCGAGAAAUUCGUGGGCUGACUACUCGGAGAGCGCGUACGAGUAUGCACGAGUUGCACGAUGGCACUAG